GCAUGCACGUACACUGAAAACUUUUUUCAGGAUAAACUUCCUUGUAAUUGGAAUUGACUUCUCGUGCAGCUGACAAAGCGUACGAAACAAGCAAUUAUAGCUGCUUCUCAUAUGUUGCUGAACAUUGCUAUGUCAAAAACCUACACUGAUAUGCUGAUGUACAGCACUAUGAAGAGCUAACUGAAGUGGUAUAUUCCGUUCAACGUAUCCGAUAGAUAAUGGCUUGGUUUGGGUCGACAUCACUGGUGCUCACAUUGAUCUGUGCUUCUGCGUUUGCUGUCACGGAAAAGCAGGGGCUGCUGUCGGCCUACGAGGUGGCAUCCUUCACAAACCCACAUCCAGAUCCCAACGCCAAACUCAACCAUGUUACUUUCCAUGGCCCCUCAGAUAUCUACGUUGGGGCAGUGAACUCAAUUUACCGACUGGAUGAGAAUUUAGUACCUUUGAGUAACGCCAGCACAGCCUUCGAUUGUCCUGACGCAGAGGACUGUGCCAAUGAAAACAAGAUCCUCUUUGUUGAACCCACCAGAAAUAGACUGAUCACAUGUGGGAGUGAUAAUGACGGGAGGUGUCAGCAGAGGGAUCGAAUUGAACUGACAGUUGUAAAUGCAAGCAGUGUAGUUGAAGUAUCUCCAGGUAGAGGCAAGACCACUGUUGGUGUGCUUGCACCUGGCCCUGGGGGAAGAGACUGGUUUUAUGUAGCAUCCACAUAUACAGAGGAUGGGACAUUUCCACCCGUUGCAAGACGAGAUUUGGAUCAAAGUCUUCCUGAUCCGAGACUACUUUUAUCUGAUGAAGACUCAAAAAUAAGUUUCAAUUCAGAUUACCGAAGCCGGGCAUUUGACAUUAGCUAUGUUUAUGGCUUUACGUUGAACAAUUUCACCUACUUUGUCACUGCUCAGCAAGAAACAAUCGGAUCUUCUGCAUUUGUUUCUAAAUUGGUUCGUGUUUGUCACACCAGUCCCAGCCUGGAUUCAUACAGUGAGAUCAUCCUACGCUGCGGUCAAGAAUCUGGUUCCUAUAACCUUGCCCAGGCUGCUUUCUUAGGAGAAGCCGGACCAGACUUGGCAACAUCUCUUGGAAUCGCCCAGUCAUCCCAGAUGCUAUUUACUGUAUUUGCAACCAGUAUUGGAAGCAGUGACACGCCUACUGACACUUCCGCUUUGUGUGCUUUCAAUAUGAAUGAGAUUGAAGAGGCAUUUAUGACGGCUGUACAAGGGUGCGUGCAGACUGGAGAUGCUUACAAAGUGGGGUAUCUUCAGGGAAGUAGAUGCAGGACAUCACCCCUCAAUGACAUCCAAGCAGUACUGUGUGAUACACAGAAACGUUACAAGUAUGCCAGUAACCCCGAGGGUGUUACAGCCAUGCCAUUGCUCCAAGUAGAGGAUUCAAGACUGUCAUCGAUCAUUACAAGCACCGAAAUGAACCAUACCAUUGCUUUCAUCGGAACUUCACAAGGGUCGUUGUUGAAGGUUCACCUUGAAAACCGGACUUAUGCGAGACUGUACGAGACAAUCAAGCUUGGAGACAGUGCUGUGCUAACAGACAUCAGCCUGGAUGACUCGAAACAAGAGUUACGCAUUCUUACGGAGCGGCAGCUUCUGAAAUUGCGAGUGGAAAACUGUAACCAGUACAAAACCUGCGAGUCUUGCAUAGGCGAGAAUGCUGAACAGGACGGGGACCCAUACUGCGGCUGGUGCACACUGCAGGACAGGUGUACGAAGCGCAGUGACUGUGUGAUGGCUCAAGGUGAAUAUCGUUGGCUACCUUACAAUGCUCUACAGUGCGUUGGUAUCAGUGUUGUGCCUGAUAACCUACCUAUAACAAGUCCCCCACAAAUGAUUGUAGUGACGGUGGACCAACUUCCCGAACUGGUGUCCGGCGAGUCUUAUAUUUGCAAGUUCAACGACCUUCCCGUGGGUGGAGAAACAGUGGACCACGUUAUAAAGUGUAUGACUCCGGAAAAUAGUGCCAUACCGCCAAUUCCGCCCAAAGAAAGCCAUGUGACCAUGACGCUGAGCCUCUUUGCCUCCGAAUCUGGCGUAAACUUUUUCAGGGCAAACUUCAGCUUCUACAGUUGCUCACGAUUUGAUUUGUGUAGCUCGUGCGUCAGCAGCGAUUGGUCUUGUGAUUGGUGUGUUUACAGCAACAGGUGCACACACCAGAGCACUGAAUGUACGCAGGAAGACAUCAUUGUCGCUGGAAACAGUAACCCAGGCGCCUCGUCAGUGCGAGGACCAGGAUUUUGUCCACAGUUGCGACCUCAGACUGAGGAAGUGCUCAUCCCCGUGGGGGUUCCCAGCGACAUAUCUGUCCCCGCCUUCAACCUCCCGGACUCUCCACAGAUGAACGUAACUUACCAGUGCGAUUUGACUGUAGAAGGCGUCAAGCAGGCAACCAUUGGAACCCUCUUGCAGAAUGACGUCAUUCAAUGCAAUGCAAAAGAGUACUUGUAUUCAGGUGACACGCAGGAAUUAACUGUGCGGUUGACUGUUUCUUGGAAUGGAGACAGACAGUUGGAGGACAGUGCGGGAUUUACAGUUACACUAUACAACUGUGCAGUGGAUCGGCCAGAUUGCAGUCGCUGUCUGUCGAACGAAACGGCGAGACCGGAGCUGGAGUGCCGUUGGUGCGGCGAUCAAUGCGCUUAUAAAGAAGAAGAUAUCUGCACGGCCAUGGGCGUAGCACUGGACUCCACAGACCCUUGCCCUCCUCCGGAACUUUUGAGUGUGUAUCCAGAGAGCGGACCGUUGGAAGGCAAUACUGUCAUCGAAAUAACGGGAACCAACAUCGGACGACACUUUCAAGAAAUCCACAGCGUGAUAAUCGGUCAGAAGCCGUGUGAUCUGACUGGUUUAGAGGACCAUUAUGUCGUUGGACAAAGUGUCCGAUGCAGAACCCCUGAUGGCAACCUUGGCGAUGCUCAGCCUAUCACAGUCUACAUAGUUGCUGUAGAUUCUUCAGUUGAAAAUCCCCGAGCUGUGCGUUUCAAAUACGUGAACCCUACGAUCACUGGCUUCAGUCCCACUCUGGGCCCUGCAGCCGGUGGCACAGUGGUUAGGAUCGUGGGAACGAGCCUGAACACAGGAAGAGACAUAGCCGUAGUGGUAGGGGGUGUUAAGUGCGACAUCGACACUGAGAGUAUCAACGAGACAUCCGUGGAAUGUCGCACUGGGAACUCUUCUGUAGGCGCUGCAGGCAAAAUCUCAUUGUCCAUUGAUGGUGCUGUCAGAAACUCAGCGGACAUGUUCACGUACAAAGCCAAUCCGACUGUGGAGAAUGUGCAUCCCAGACGGAGCUUCAAAUCGGGAGGAAGGAGACUAAACGUCACUGGAACUGGUCUCAGUGUUGUUGGUAAGGCAACGAUCCUUGUGCGCCGCAAGAACUUCACAAACGAGGAGGACUGCAUGAUUAUGAGUAAUGAAUACAUGAUGUGUGUAUCGCCCGCUAUCGGCCUGAGCGAGCACCUGGCAUCGACAUGUACGUCAGAAGUCAUCCUCGGUUUCUGGCUGGACGGAGUUCAGCUGACUUCAUGGUCCACGUCGCUGGGUGGUCGUACCUUCACGUAUUGCCCAGAUCCAGUCUUUGAGAAGUUUCCCGGCGAAGAGUUUGUCGUUGAGGGUAACACUCGCGAUUCUCAGUUAACAAUCAAGGGACAUAUAGAUAUAUCUGCAAUCAAUCGGUCGGAAAUCACAGUUACAGUUGGUAGUGAACCUUGUCCCAUCGAAGUACUGGAGUCGUCAAUAAUAACAUGCCACCUUCCUGACGAAGAACCCGAUGGCUUGGAUGCCAACGGCCAGCCGGACCCAACUGCAAUACCUUCAGCUGUUGUUCACUGGUAUGGAAAUCAAAAAUUCACCCCAGGGAGGGUCGUGUACCCCGCUUACUCGACACCAAUUAUAGUUGGAGUUUUUGUGACAGCUUUGGUUGCAGCCACAAUCCUUGUAGUGGUGAUGAUUCGUAGGUACAUCAAGCAGAAGCGACUGCUUCGGAGUCUAAACAAUCGUCUUCUGAACCGCAUAAGGGAGCUACAAGAAGAGAUCCUCGAGGCCGCAAGUAAGCUGGUGCCAGGUCCUAGCGAGAAUGCGUACAGAGGAUCACGACACAAGUCAACGCCGAAGAGGAAGACAGUUGCCCUGAAUAACAAAAUCAACAUCAUGCCCAAUGAUCUGCAGAUUGGAUUCAAUCUGCUUGAUAUGACACGAGUGCUUGGGCAAGGUGCCUUUGGUAGAGUUUACCACGCAAUUCUUCGGGAUUUUCCAGUUGGAACUCAGCAGGAUGUGGCAGUGAAAACGAUACAGGACACCAGCGACUCCCGAAACAUAAUCAAGUUCAUGGAGGAAGGCUUGCUGAUGAAAAACUUUGAUCACCCCAACGUCCUGCCGCUGCUUGGCUUGACCUUUAACCCAGAAGGUCAUCCAGUCAUCGUGCUGCCUUUAAUGUCUAAUGGUGAUCUUCUGUCUUUUGUCAAACAUCAAGGAAAGGCACUGACGGUUCUGCAGUUGCUGGGUUCCGUUCUUCAUGUUGCUCGGGGAAUGGAAUACCUCGCCAGCCAGCAUUUUGUCCACAGAGACUUGGCCGCAAGGAACUGCAUGGUUGACGACCAGCUUGUAGUUAAGAUUGCAGACUUCGGCCUGUCUCGUGAUUUGGACGAGUCGGACUACUACAGAAGUAGCGACAAGCAGGCGAAGUUACCCGUCAAAUGGAUGGCGCCAGAGUCUCUCGGUCGUAGGGUUUAUAACACCCAAACAGACGUAUGGUCGUACGGUGUGUUGGUGUGGGAGAUAUUUUCCGGAGGCCGCAAGCCUUAUCCCAACGUUGCAAACGCAGAUGUCUACGACUUUCUAAGCCAGGGUCACCGGAUGAAUCCCCCUAAAUUCUGCCCAAAGAAAAUAUCUGAAAUCAUGCGGCGGUGCUGGAGGGAGAAACCCAAGACGCGAUGUUCCUUCCAACAAAUUGUUCGCGAACUGGAGGACCUGGUGGCAUGGCUGGGUAGUGGUGGCCCUACAGCUGCGUCUGAACCAAGGCGUCCCCAUCAAGAGCCGGUAGAAUCAGCAGACAUUGUGGGGGAGUCGAGCGUGCCUUGUCUCGCCCCUUGCCCGCCACCUCCCGCCCAUGUCAGCCACGCUGACCCUGGUAGUCCGCAGGAACUGGCGCCGCGUCGUGAGACAAACAGUGAAACCCAACGUGGGCCGUCCUACAGCAACUUGAGUCAAGUCCAUGCUAACGUUUAUCUGGAGACCAAGUUCUAGAACGUUGACUCCUGAAACACUCUUUCUGAAAAGAAAGGCAUAUAACUGACACUUCCAGGGAAAAUAGAUGAAUAUUACUCACAUUUUGAUCUGAGCAGCUUGUGUGGAAAUUGGUAUUAGUGGUCUGUUUUUGUGUUAUGGAUCUCUGCUCUGGUCUCUAAAAAAUGGGAAGGUGAAAUAUCAUGAAUAUUUCAUGUGACUGGGUUUAGAAUUUAGAGUUGAAGCUAUAAUUAAGGCUGGUUUACUUGUCAAAUCCUACCUUACUAGAGCUGACUCUCACGAACCCGUUCCCAAAGGCUACUGUCACUUCUUCCUCUUUGAAAAUUGCAACUGUUAACUUUUAAAAUAUAAUUUCAAAUUUAUAUUUUGGCACCCGGUUCUUUUUUUUCUGUCUGUUCGUAUUUGUACACGUAGCAGCGGAAUGUUGUUUUUGAGGAUGUGUGGAAGCAAACAGGCACGAUAUUACAGGUAUAUGGACAUAAAUGUCGGUAGAAAGGCUCCGAAAAAUCCACUAACAAGUUGAAAAAAACAAUGAUUACCUAAUAAUUAUGACCAGUAAUUUCCAUUGAGUUAUAUUCUGGAUUUAUUACGUACAGGACUCAAUUAAAUGUAAAUGUACAUUGAAAAUUUUAGAAUUUAAGAUUAAGAUAAAGUAUUGUGGUAACUUCUGAUGUCGUGCAUAGUUAGACGUUGGAUUUUAUAACAUGUUUAUUGAUGCGUUGUUAACAUAGAAUUCGAGCUCCAAGUACUAAUCUGCGUACUCAAUUGUCUUAUUUCUAAGUAAAGACCUUCCUUCUUCAACCUAACGUUUGCAAAUAUAGGAAUUUAGUCACACUUGCUUAGGAAUGGAUGUUGCAUUUUGGCGAAUCGCGAAACAAGACUUUCUUUGCGGGCUUUGUGUUUGAAGUGUAGAAUACGUAAUUCAGAGAGAAGUAUUAUCGUGAUACAACUCAUGGAUAGCGAUAUUUAAAACGAAGUUUGUAUCAAGUCAGUUUUAUGAAAAAAAAUUAACUUCGGUCCUGUUGCAUAAUUCUUUUUUGGCAACUAAAAUAGAAAGUAUGAGAAGAUAUCACAAGGGAGUCAGAUUGGUGUAGUGGUGUAGCUCUUUCACCGCCAUUUACCUCUGCGACUGGGGUUCGAGUCCCACCUAGGUUAGCAUGUGGUUGGGUUUUCAGUCCCUGCCUGAUGCCGUGGCUUUUCCCUG